AUGGGAACCAGGGGGGUUCGUUUGCCGUCGGCGUCCAGCCAAGCAACGGUAGAGAGCUAUGUUACCGACAUGACCUCACAGCUGCCCGCGCACUUCGCUUUCGCAACCCUGGUGCCGUGGAGAUCGCCGCAGCGACCUAGCAAGCUCGUUUCACCAGGCUCAGGAUCCGCGGGCCAUUGGGACACAGAGUGGAUCGCGUCUCUGGCGUCUGAGUGCACAAGCUUGCUGGUGCCAUGCACGUUCGAAACGCGGUACGAGAAGUCAAUGAUGAAGAAGUUGAUGGAACAGCUCGAGACGCAUCGUGACCUCUGCGUGUUUCUGCUGCAGCUGAUUGAGGUCCCGGGUGAACUGAGCCGGGAACACGUGCAGGCGGUCAUGGCGCGUCACGACGCGCUUCUGGCCGUCGGUGCUGAUGGGGUGUUGCUGGAUCCUGGUGACAACCCAGAUGAGCUGCUCCGAAAACUCGACAUCGAGCGGUCUUGGCUCGAAGCGACUGAGAGGCGUGCAUAUUCGAUGAUCGCUUUCGGCGACGACAAUUUCCAGUGCAUUGUGGACUAUCACCACAAGCUGCUCUGGGAGUCCGUCCCGAAAGCUCUGAUGCCCGAUUUCGACCCAAUCGAUCGCACCCUCGUGGAGACGGCCAACAGGGUGGGCGAUUACGAACUGACCAAUCGUUUUAACACCAGGAGCGGCACCGUAUGGCUUGCCGAGCGGAGCGAGUCUGAGCGAGUUGUCCUCAAGGUCUACGACAAGUCGGACCUCGUAUCUGCUGCAGACCUGGAGUGCAUCCAUCGCGAAUUGUGUUUCUUGAGGGACAUGCUGAGGCACCCGCACAUCGUCCGUUACUGUAACAUGUGCCAUAGUUUCUCCUGCGUGUACUUGGCCCUCGAAUUUGGGGGCAUGCAGAAUCUGCACGCGCGCCUCGUGGACCAGCCUGGGUACCGCCUCGACUUGGAGGAUGCUAUGGACUGCGCAACGCAGAUAGCAAAGGCGCUGGCCUACUGUCACUCAAGGGACGUCGUGCACAGACAAGUGUCUCUGGAGCACAUCGUCGUGGAGGACCAGUCUGAAACGCUUUUCUGUCGCAUGGUGGACUUCUACCAGGCGGCGCUCCGCCCAGAGUCGACGCCGUCGACCACGCUGUGCGGAGACCUGCCGUGCAUCGCCCCAGAGGUGGCCCUGGACGAGUCGUACUUUGCCAAGCCUGCGGACUGCUGGAGCCUCGGGGUGGUGCUCCUCGAGGCCGCCGGGGGCCUGGGCUCGAUGAGGCAGGCGGUCCGCUGGCGGGAGGAUGCGGAGCUGACGCCCACCGCCAGAAGGAUCGGAACUUCUUCUCCCGCGAAGGCAGCCACGCUCGCGCACUGGCGGCCAUGGGCGGAGUGCGCAGCGAGCCCGUGUUGGCCAAGCUGUCCGCACUUCUCGAGCCGACGCCUACGGCACGGGCGGCCAUGUGCGCCAUCGCGCAGUCCUCCGUCUAGACCCGCGGCGCCUCGGAGGGCCCCUGGAGCUUGA